GGAGGAGUGGGGCCUCUUGGACCAUCCUCAGAAGGAGUUGUACAAGGGGGUCAUGCUGGAGAAUGCCCAGAACCUGCUCUCCCUAGGGCUGCCAGUUCCCAGAGAAGACAUGAUCUCUUCCUUUGAGCAAAGGGAAGGCCCAUGGAUGCUGGAGCAAGAAAGCCUGAGGAGCUGCUGUCCAGACGGAGAGAUGAGCGUGGAAAUGAAGGAAGCUGCUACAGAGCUAAGCCUUUCUGUGGCAGAAACUCCCAAGCAAAGAUUCAUGAGUGAUGGUCCCUCUGCCUUCAAUUGGAGAGAAGUCUGCAAAACGCCUGAGAGUAUCCAAACUGGAGAGAAACCAUAUGACUGUAAUCAAUGUGAGAAGGCUUUUAGAGAGAAGGGAUGUCUUAUUGCACCUCAGAGAACACACAUUGUAGAGAAACCUUAUGAAUGUAAUCAGUGUGGAAAGACUUUUAGAGUGAAGGCUUAUCUUAUUAAACAUCAGAGAACACACACUGGAGAGAAACCUUAUGAAUGUAAUCGAUGUGGAAAGACUUUUACAUGGAAAAUUAGUCUUGUUAAACAUAGAAGAAUCCACACUGGAGAGAAACCCUAUGAAUGUAAUCAAUGUGGAAAAGCUUUUAAAUGCAGGGAGAGUCUUAUUACACAUCAGAGAAUCCACAAUGGAGAGAAACCUUAUGAAUGUAGUCAAUGUGGAAAGACUUUUACAUGGAAAAUUAGUCUUGUUAAACAUAGAAGAAUCCACACUGGAGAGAAACCCUAUGAAUGUAAUCAAUGUGGAAAAACUCUUCAAUGCAGGGAAAGUCUUAUUACACAUCAGAGAAUCCACACUGGAGAGAAACCUUAUGAAUGUAAUCAAUGUGGAAAGGCUUUCAGAGGUAGGAAGUCUCUUGUUAAACAUCAGAGAUCACACACUGGAGAGAACCCUUAUCAGUGUAAUGAAUGUGGAAAAUCUUUUCAAAGCAGGGAAAGUCUUAUUACACAUCAGAGAAUCCACACUGGAGAGAAACCUUAUGAAUGUAAUGAAUGUGGAAAGACUUUCAGAGAUAGGAAGUCUCUUGGUAAACAUCAGAGAACACACACUGGAGAGAAACCUUAUGAAUGUAAUCAAUGUGGAAAGACUUUUACAUGGAAAAUUAAUCUUGUUAUGCAUAGCAGAAUCCACACUGGAGAGAAAAACCAUGAAAGAAUCCACACUGGAGAGAAACCUUAUGAAUGUAAUCAAUGUGGAAAGACUUUUAGAGUGAAGGCUUAUCUUAUUAAACAUCAGAGAACACACACUGGAGAAAAACCUUAUGAAUGUAGUCAAUGUGGAAAGACUUUAACUGAUAAGCGGAGUCUUGUUAAACAUAGAAGAAUCCACACUGGAGAGAAACCUUAUGAAUGUAAUCAAUGUGGAAAAGCUUUUAAAUGCAGGGAGAGUCUUAUUACACAUCAGAGAAUACAUAGUGGAGAGAAACCUUAUGAAUGUAAUCACUGUGGAAAGACUUUUACAUGGAAAAUUAGUCUUGUUAAACAUAGAAGAAUCCACACUGGAGAGAACACUUAUGAAUGUAAUCAAUGUGGAAAGACUUUCAGAUAUAGGAAGUCUGUUGUUGGACAUCAGAAGAUGCACACUGGAGAGAAACUUUAUGAAUGUAAUCAAUGUGGAAAGAUUUUUACUGAUAAGCGGAAUCUUGUUAAACAUAGAAAAAUCCACACUGGAGAGAAACCUUAUGAAUGUAAGCAAUGUGGAAAGACUUUCACAUGGCAAUUUAGUCUUGUUAAACAUAGAAGAAUCCACACUGGAGAGAAACCUUAUGAAUGUAAUCAAUGCGGUAAAGCUUUUAAAUGCAGGGAGAGUCUUAUUACACAUCAGAGAAUCCACACUGGAGAGAAACCUUAUGAAACAAUUCACACUGGAGGGAACCCUUAUGAAUGUAAUCAAUGUGGAAAGACUUUCAGAUAUAGGAAGUCUGUUGGUGAACAUCAGAAGAUGCACACUGGAGAGAAACCUUAUGAAUGUAAUCAAUGUGGAAAGAUUUUUACUGAUAAGCGGAAUCUUAAUUGCCUUGUGAAUCAUGGGAGGAUCCACACUAGAGAGAAACCUUUUGAAUGUACUCAGUGUGGAAAGACUUUUACUCGGAAGGUCUCUCUUAUUUUGCAUCCAAGAAUCCUCACUGGAGAGAAACCUUAUAAAUAUACCCAAUAUGGAAAAGCUUUUACACAAAAGUCCUCUCUCACUAGACAUAAAAGAGUCUACAAUGAAGAGAAACCUUAUGAAUGUACCCAGUGCAGAAAGGCUUUUAAACAGAGGAACCAUCUCAACUGGCAUCAGAGCAUUCACACUGGAGAGAAACCUUAUGAAUGUGAUCAUUGUGGUAGAACUUCAGGCUAA